UGGGUCACCAGACCACGCACUAAUCUAGGGGUACGACCCCUACGGAUCCCAAGAGACCCGGACACUGCCAGACGCCGGAGCGGUUCCUAUAGCAACGGCAAGCCGGAAGUGGGGCCCGCGGCCGGAAGCGGAAGUCCCGAUUAAAAAGUGUCUGGGCGUGCGUGCUGCAGGAUGGACACUCCCCCUGUCUCGGGUUCCGAUUCGGAUUCUGAUGAUUCUCUUGUCACCGAUAGGGAGUUGCAGGAUGCGUUUUCCCGAGGGCUCCUGAAGCCAGGCCUCAAUGUCGUGCUAGACGGACCGAAGAGGGCUGUGAACGACGUGACUGGCCUGAAGCAGUGUUUGGCCGAAUUCAAGAGGGAUCUGGAAUGGGUUGAAAGACUUGACGUGACCCUCGGUCCGGUGCCGGAAAUCAGUGGACCUCAGCCAACACCGCAGAACAAGGAUCCGAAAGCUGUUGACCCAGAAGAUGACUUCCAGCGGGAGAUGAAUUUCUACCGCCAGGCCCAGGCUGCAGUGCUUGCAGUGUUACCCCGUCUUCAUCAGCUCAAAGUCCCUACCAAGCGACCCACUGAUUAUUUUGCAGAGAUGGCCAAGUCUGAUCAGCAGAUGCAGAAGAUUCGACAGAAGCUGCAGACUAAACAGGCUGCCAUGGAGAAGUCUGAAAAGGCGAAGCAACUGCGAGCACUUAGGAAAUAUGGAAAGAAGGUGCAAACAGAGGUUCUUCAGAAGAGGCAGCGGGAGAAAGCACAUAUGAUGACCGCCAUUAAGAAAUACCAGAAAGGCUUCUCUGAUAAACUGGACUUCCUUGAGGGAGAUCAGAAAUCUGUUGCACGAGGCAAGAAGGAAGGAGCCAAGGGCCAGCAAAUAAAGAAGGGGCCCAGUGCCAAACGACGCUAUAAAAACCAGAAGUUUGGUUUUGGUGGAAAGAAGAAAGGCUCUAAGUGGAACACUCGUGAGAGCUAUGAUGAUGUAUCCAGCUUCCGGGCCAAGACAGCUCAUGGCAAGGGCCUCAAGAGGCCUGGAAAGAAGGGAUCAAAUAAAAGACCUGGGAAGCGAACAAGAGAGAAAAUGAAGAAUAGAACACGUUAAGCAGCAUCUUUGUAUGCAAAGAACCAAGAAAAAAGGGAUGAAGACCUGGAAUUUUGUUGUACAACUGGAUUCCUUCUGUUGGUUUCUUUUUGUAAAAAAUUCUUUAAAGAAAAAUUAUGAAGAAACACAAAUCCUUGGUUUAAAACUCAAUUAUGAAUAAAAGGAUUAGAAGUUACUUUUCAUACUAAAUAAUAUUGUUAAUUUAUUAAUCAUAAUUUAGACUCUGAAUCCCAAUUGCCUUCCUUUUAUGAUAGAUGAGGAUUUAACUUAUACACCCCUCAUCUUCUUCUUCCGCAUCCUUCCGAAUAGUUAUAUCACAAAUUAGAUAAGUCAGUAACCAGUGUUUAUAUGAUAUAUUUGAGUGUUUAAAUAUCAAUCUCUCUAAAGCUAAUUGUACUGUAAUGAAAUUUCCUUUGUGGUACAGCUUUUGGUUUUCCCUUGAGUUAAUAAUCACCUUAUGAUUUUCUACUUGCUUCAUUUUCCUUUUAUAUCCAUUUUUUCCCCCAGAUGCUUCAUCAUUUUAUCCAUCUUAUAAUCUUCUUGCUAAAACCUAGUUCUGCCAUACGACUGUCUUUUCUGGACCUAGGUUGAAUCUACUUUUUCUUAGAUCUCUUAUUUUCCUCUGACUUAGCUUAUUUUAUCUUCUUUUACUGGACAGCAUUUUCCAGUAUCUUCCUAAGAAAGGGAGCAUGGGGGGCAAAUUUUUUAUCUCCUUGCAUUUCUGAAAUUGACUUUAUUCUUUUCUCACUCCUGAUUAUUAAUUUCGCUGGUAUAAUUUUCCCUUGAAAUGUUGAAGGCACCCCUUUGUCUUCUUGCCUCCUAUGUUGCCAUUGAGAAGUCACUGCCAUUUUAAUUCUCAUUCACUUUCUUUAGAAGCUUUUCUUCUUCCUGGAGAUCUGAAAUACCAUGAUGCCAUACCUUGGUGUGGGCCUGUUUUCAUUCUUUGUUUGGGGUAUUUGGAAGGAUUUGAGAUGUACAAUUAUGGGAAAUUUUGAUAACCUCCCCUCAUUUUCUUUGUUCUAAUUCCAAACUUUCUGUUAGUCAAAUGUCGGACUUCUACUGAUCUUCUAAGUUUAUAUUUGUAUUUUAGUUCUCCUUUGAAGGAAAUAUUUGAUUCUUUUUUCUAAUCAUUUGAUUGAAUAUUUGAGCUUUCAUUUGCAUUUUUUCCCUGGAGUUAUUUUCUAAUUGCUCUUUUUCCAUAUCAUUUUAUUCUUAUUCUAUUGACACAGUGUCUUCUUAUAUCUCUUGGGAUAUGAAUUACAGUUUUGAUUUUUCUUUUAAAAGUUGUCUUCUGUUGCCUUCAUUCUGUUACCUCCAGUACCCCCAUCCUCUCCACCCUGUGCAUUUUGGUCUCCCUUUUUAUGAUGAGCAGUGGUGGAGAGGUAAAGAACAUGGAUUCUGGGGUCAUACUGCUGGGUUUGAGUCCUGGCUUUGCUGCUUAUUUGCCAUUUGGCCCUGGACAAGUUAAUUUUUCUGAGCUUUGUCACCUCUACAAUAGACAGAACAAAAGCAUUGACCUCAUGAAGGCCCAUCAGCCUUAAGUGAGCUAACAUUGGCUUUCACAUAGUAAGAGUAUCUAUGUGUUUAGGAUUAUUUUGCUGGGAUGGCUUUCCUUAAUGUCUGACCCUUGGCUCUCUGUCCAUAUUUGAGAGGAAAAUGCUGACAGGAAGCUGCACAGUGGUACGUGGGCAGGCCUCCUUAGGUGCUGGACUUUACUCAGUGUUGACUAGGUGGGAAGCUAGUCUGUCUGCCCUCCCUCCCUCCUUUCCACUUUAGAGACCAUACUUUAUUUUUAAGGAGGCUAGAAAUAUCUGAGAACUAUAUAUUAUUAAGCAGGAUAAGUAAUUUAUUUUCAUAUUGUUUCCUUUCUCAUAGCAUCAUUGGUAUAUAAAAAGAACAUUGCUGGGUCACAUAUAAUACCGAGUUUCUAGAACAAAAAAAUUAAUUUAGUUUUCAUACUUAAUUUAAACUAAAAAUUCUGAGCACACAGGCCAUGUUUUCAGAAGACCAAAAUAUUUUCUCUUGACCUAUUCUUGACAAUCUGCAACAUUAGUGAAUGGGGGUAAUGUGUAGUAAUUCAAAUAGGGAGACUCAGAAGCAGUUAGCGACUUGGAAUUAUGCAUGGAACAUAUUGAGGACUUUUAAGAAAGGAGAACACAGGUUAACAGUAAUUCACACUGGUAAGACUAAAUUAUUAAUGCUAAAUAUUUUUAAAGCAUUUAAAAAGCAUGUUUGUUCCUUUUUUUUUUUUUUUUUUUUUUUGGUAGAGCAAAAGUUUAAAUAGAAUAAUUUUCUUUAAUUUCAGUGAUAAACUCCAUAGAACUCAUUUACAUCACUGCCUCUACCAUUUCAGCCCUCUAAAUAGGAUAUGAUCAGGAUGCAGGCAGGAUUAUCCCUUGAAAUUGCUUUAAAUUAUGAUACCAUACAUUGAAAGAUGGGCAGGAACCUAGCAGUUCCCAAUGCAGAGCACAGGCAGUCCUUGCUCUACACAAUUCCAGUGUAUGUGAAUUUUAGUUAUGGCUUAGUUAAAAAAUAGCAGUUUCACAAGAACAUUGUAUUUCGGUUACCACAGUAUGUUAACUUUGAUUGCAUAAAGUAGAAACUUUUCUGUUGCUUCUCAGUCCACUAAUCACUAUGUAAAUAACAGAUGUGCCUCAUAUCACAAUUGUGAACUAUUGUGUCAUUUCUUUCAAAGACUGUCAGUAAAUGGUCACUGCACAUACCUAUUCAUAAUGUUCAGACAGCAAAGUGUGUAGUUGUAUUGUCUCCUUGUGUCCCAGCAAAAGACCCACAUAACAUUUUACAAAAGUAGAUAAUCAAAAGGGAAUUGGCUGACAAAAGUGAAAGUGCAGCAAAGAAAGGAAAAGAUAAUGCUGGAAGUGAAAUUGAAUCAAACAUAGAAGAAAUAGCUGAUUGCAGGAAUGUUGAUACUGCUGCUGUUCUAGAGACUAUAUUCAGCCAAGGAACUUAGUGAACGUGAACUAUGUAAGUUUACACAAAUGAGGAAAGUCCUUGUAAUGAAAGGAUGAAGACAUCCCCAGAGGAAGUGACACUGCAAAAAGAUUCACAUUAAAGAAACUUUUGGAGAUAUUUCAUGACAUUGAAAGCACAAAUGAUAAAAUGUUGGAAGUGAAUCCAAACUCAGAAAGGAGUAAGACAAUUCACUAACACAUAGAAAAAGUGUUUGUUCCAUAUGUUAAACAACAAGAAAAAGGCAGUAAGCACCAUUCAAAUUACUCUUGGUAAAUUUUAUACAAAGAAAUAAAGCACUUUGAUUCUCAA